CGGGCGCGGCGCUGAGCGGCGGCGGCGGCGGCGGCGGAGCAGCGAGAGCGGGUCCGGCCGGGCCGGGCCGGGCCGGGGCCGCGGGGCCGGGGGCCGCGGGGGCCGCGGGGGCCGGGGGCGGGCGGCGGCGGCGGGGGCCCCGCCGGGGCGGCCGGCGCCAUGGGCACGGUGCUGUCGCUGUCGCCGAGCUACCGGAAGGCCCCGCUGUUCGAGGAGGGGGCGGCCACGGUGGGGCACUACACGGCGGUGCAGAACAGCAAGAACGCGAAGGAGAAGGGCCUGAAGCGGCACUCGCUGAUCUCGGUGCUGCCCUGGAAGCGCAUCGCCGCCGUCUCCGCCAAGAAGAAGAGCUCCAAGAAGGUGCAGCCCAACGGCGGCUACCAGAGCAACGUGACCCACCUCAACAACGAGAACCUGAAGAAGUCGCUCUCCUGCGCCAACCUCGCCACCUUCGCCCCCCCGCCGCCCCCCGCCGCCGCCGCCGCCCUCGCCUCGGCGCAGAAGGUGCCCCCGGCCGCGCCCGCCGCCGCCGCCGCCACCCCGCGCAGGGUCGUGGUGCAGGCGAGCACCAGCGAGCUGCUGCGCUGCCUCGGCGAGUUCCUGUGCCGCCGCUGCUACCGCCUGAAGCACCUCUCGCCCACCGACCCCGUGCUCUGGCUGCGCUCCGUGGACCGCUCGCUGCUGCUGCAGGGCUGGCAGGACCAGGGCUUCAUCACGCCCGCCAACGUGGUCUUCCUCUACAUGCUGUGCCGGGACGUCAUCUCGGCCGAGGUGGCCACCGACCACGAACUGCAGGCAGUGCUGCUCACCUGCCUGUACCUCUCCUACUCCUACAUGGGCAACGAGAUCUCCUACCCGCUGAAGCCCUUCCUGGUGGAGAGCUGUAAGGAGGCCUUCUGGGACCGCUGCCUCUCCAUCAUCGACCUCAUGAGCCCCAAGAUGCUGCAGGUCAACGCCGACCCGCACUACUUCACCCAGGUCUUCGCCGACCUCAAGAAGGAGAGCGGCUCCGAGGAGAAGGGCCGGCUGCUCAUCGGCCUCGACCGGUGAGCGCCCGCCCGCCCCCCGCGCCCCCCGGACACGCCGCGCCCGCCCGGCCCGGAGCCGCUUCCCGGGGGGAUUUGCCCGGCGAGGAAGGGCGGGAGGUGCCGCCGCUCCCCCAUCCACUCUGGGGGGGGUCACGGGGGGUCCGGACCGGAGCGCAGACCCCCGGUUCUCCCCCUUGCGCCGCCGCUUUUCCAGCCGCCGCCCCGUCCCCGCGCUGCGGGCCCGGGGAUGCUGCGGCUCCGCCGCCGGAUUGAUCCCAGCAAAUCGUGGAUGGAGAGGGGGAAAAGAACCCCCCCACAACCUCCCGGGAGCGGAGCGGGGCUCCGCGGGGCCGGUCACCGCAUCACCGACACAGAGCCCAGGUAGCAGGGGAAAGGAGGGAAAAAAAAAAAAGGAAAAAUAAAAAGGAAAAAAAUUCCUCUUAAGGCUCCAGCGGAGGCGGCUGAACCGGCCCGGUCGGGACUCACCGGGACAGAGACGCGGGCACGGCCCGGGGACCCCCCACCCCCAUCUCCCCCCGUCCCCCCCACCCCCUCCUUUAUUUAUUUUCUUUGAAGAGACUCGAAUUCCCGAGCGGGUCCGGGUGACGGGAAUCACCGCUACUGUUCAUGAGAUCAAUGUGAAAUGUCUUGUUCCCAUCGUGCACUGAUCAUGAGUAUUGUGUAAAGGAUCUACUUGAGUGUGCAAGCAAAGGGGAGCCGCCACAUGCUGCUAUAUGAAUUCUUCUAGAACAAACCCAACGAACUGCAAAACCUGCGGGGGGGAAAGAGAGAAAAAAAAAAAAAACAACCCUUCUUUCUUCUGUCAUUGUUGCUUUUCCAGUGGUUACUGCGCAUGCAAAACGGGAGCAUUUUGUGUCUUCAGAUGAAAAAAAAAAAAGGAAAAAACGCAUAAAAAAAUAAUAAUCAAAAGAAAAAAAAAAAACCCCUUACCGAGAGAUGGCUGUAAAAUUACACCCAUGCACAAAGACCCAACACCACCCCGACACCGCAGUCUCAGCCGGUAUUCCCGUAUCAGGCCUGGGGACUGAGACCUUCUUUUUGGGUUUUAUCAUCAUUUUUUUCUCCGUGUGCUCAGUUCUAGUUUAGUUCUGGUCCAUCGGGCGUUAAACUGGCGAACGAGAGGGAGAAAUAACGUGCCAUUUACUUUUAUUUUUUUGAUUUUUUUUUCACUUGAAGCUCUUCAUGGCUGUACAUUGGACCCUGCUAAUGAUACAUGUGUACGUACGUUUUUUUAGUGCAAUCUCUUCUGUAGAUCUUUGUUGACCAAAUUGGUGGGUAUUGUUACUUAUUAAUUUAUAUUUGUCUCAUUUUGUAUGUAUGUGUAUAGUGUGUUUGUAAGUAUGUGUGGUUUAUAACCCGACCGACUGUGUCAUGGGGCUCAGUGUGCCUGUAAUUUAAUCCCCUCCCCUUAUUUUUAUUUAUUUUUGUACUGUGCUGAUUAAAUAAAAAUGCACUGACCAUCCAUUA